AUGAAGGAGUCAAAAUAUGGUGUCGAUGAGAAGGGUUUAUUCGCAGUUGAAAAAAUUUACAAAGGUGAAGAAUUAAUUUACGAAUAUGAUCCUUUGGUCGAGGAAUGGCCAUUUUAUCCUGAUAACGAUAAACGAGGAAAAUAUACCAAAGCAGAAUUAUUCAAGUUGAUUGAAAAUAACCCGAAACUAAGCAAACUUAUCUACUAUCAAGCUUACAAUGUUGACGAUGAUUUAUUCAAUCUUCCAUUUAAAUAUGCAGUCAUGGAUUCUGAUAAUGUUGAUGAUUGUGAAAAGCGUUUUCCUCAUACUUUAUUCAUUAACCAUUCUUGUGACCCAAAUAUUGGCUUUAUUGAAGUCACAAAAUGCUACGCACUACGAGACAUUGAUAUUGGCGAAGAAAUAGCACACAAUUAUGGAUGUAUUAUGACCAAAAAUCCUUUUCAGGUUGGAUUAAAAUGCCAAUGUGGAUCAAAAGAGAAAUGCCAACAAAUUCUUCGCAUGGAUUUUUAUAAGGACCCAAUAUGGCGACAAGAAAACGAACGAUAUUGCUUCUCCUAUGUUAAAAAGAAGAUCCAAGAAUUACUAUAUAACAACGAAACAAUUGCUAAAACUACUAUAGUUGAGCAACAAAUGUCAAUGACCGAUGCUAGUAUGUUUUGGCUUGGUGUUCUCCAUGGUUAUAAACUUGAUCGAUCUCUUCCAUUACCAUUUGAUCGAUAUCGUCUUGUGGAUGAAGAUCGAACAGGUCGUGGAAUAUCUGUUUUCGUCGACUUUGGUGAAGAUCUCUCACAUUACUUUCUUCAUUAUGCAUCAUCAAUGAAUAUAGAACUUGAACAUCUUGUAUUUGCCAUUUAUUAUGCUUUUAUGUUCAAGUUAACAAAUGGAGAGACAGAUUUGUGUGUUGCAGUUAAUAUCGAUAGUCGACAUAAAGAUGAAUUCAAAACAGCGAUUGGUUUGUUCGGAAAUAUCGUUCCAUUACGAUGUCAAUUAGAUCCUCAUUGGUCUUUCCGACGGCUCAUCGAACAUGUUUGUGAGAUAAUAGCAAGCACUAUGAAAUAUUCUUACUUUCCUCUUAAACGUAUUCUUGCCCAACAUUCCAACGCUUCAAAGCCUGCAUUUCUCGACAUAUUAUUCGAGUUUCUGUCAAAUGAAAAUGUUGAGAAUAAAAUACUGUUCGAUGAUAGUCGACUUCAUGCCAUGUCAAUGACCUCAAUCAGAAGUAAUGACGAGGAAAUCAUGAGCAACUUUGAUUUUUCUCUCACUAUGCAACAUAAUUCUAACACUAAUCAACUAUCAUGCACAAUCAAUGCAUCACUUGAUCUGUUCAAUCGAAAUACAAUUGAAAAGGUUGGACAACGAUUUCAUUCGAUUUGCAAACAAUUGUUUACAUCUACUCAUGAUCAAACAAAUCAAUCCAUCUAUGAACUAUCAUUAGUAAUGCCAGAUGAAAUAUUACUCAAGCAAUCAAUGAAUAAUACACAAGUGUCAUUUACUUCUAGCACUUGUAUUCAUCAAGAGUUUGUCUAUCAAGUAAUGAAACAUCCACAAAAACUAGCUGUUGAACUUGACGACCAAUCAUUAACAUAUUCUGAACUUUUACAUUAUGUUCAAGUGUUAUCUUUAACUAUUGUUAAUGAAUAUCAUGUGCUUCCAGGUGAAGUGGUAUGUCAAUGUGUUGAGAGAAGUUUAUCAAUGGUGAUUGGUAUAAUGGGAAUUGAAAUAGCUGGUGGUGUUUAUUGUCCAUUAUCACCUCGAGAUCCUCAACAUCGUUUGCAUGGAUUAGUAGAGCAAACUCAAUGUCGCCUUGUACUCGCUCACCAUUCUACAACGUUAAAGUUUUCUAGUGAAAUUGUUUCAUGUAACCUAGAUUUAAUAUGGAAUGUCGAUCACAUUAACAGUUCUAUAAUUAUGGAUCGCCUUUUGGAUAUUGUAGUAACGACAGACGAUAUUGCAUAUAUUGUUUUUACUAGUGGUUCAACAGGAACAUCGAAAGGAGUCCAAAUUCGUCAUCGAAAUUUAUUGUCUUGCAUUGAUUCUCUUGUUCGAUUGAAUUUAUUCACAAAUAAAGAUACUAUGAUACAGAUGGCAAGCUGCUCAUAUGAUGUGCAUGUUCAAGAAAUCAUUGGAACUUUAAUCGCUGGCUCGACGAUUAUAAUGCUUCAUCCUCAAGGAAAUAUGGAUUUAGACUACAUAACGAAGAUGUUAAAUGAAAAACAAGUGUCAUAUCUGCAGUGCGUACCAGCAUAUGUGAAUAUAUUGUUGGAAUUUUUACAAAGUCACAGCAUUCCAAGUUUCGGUAAUUUGCGUAAUGUUGAUAUUGGUGGAGAAGCGAGUACAGUUCAGCUUAUGGACAAGUUAUAUACAUAUCUGCCACAAACAUGUUCUGUAUGGAACAUCUAUGGACCUGCAGAAACAACUGUCGAUUGCACAGGUUAUAUCAUAGUUAGAAAUCUAAAUAUGAUCAGCAUUCCAAUGGGACGUCCACUACUCAACUACCGAUGUAUGAUUAUGAAUGAGUAUUUACAAUCAUCUAUUACCGGCGAAGAAGGCGAAUUGUUUAUAGGUGGAGUGGGUGUAUUUGCUGGUUAUCUUGGACGUAAUGAUUUAACUGCAAAAGCUCUCGUUGAAAUAGAUGGUGAAGUAUUCUAUCGAACAGGUGAUCUUGUUAGAAUGGAAAAUAAUGGUCUUCUGCAUUAUCAAGGAAGAAAAGAUCAUCAAGUAAAAUUACGAGGACAACGAAUUGAACUUGGUGAAAUCGAAAGAUGUUUACUUGACAUCACAUCAAUAUCUGCUUGUGUUGUCAUAAAAUGGAAUGAUGACUAUUUAGUUGCUUAUGUCCAAAGUUCUGAUAUUCAUGAAGAACAACUUCGACAACAUUGUCAAUCUCAUCUUCCAUCCCAUAUGAUUCCAUCUUUCUUUAUUAUUCUUGAGAAAUUACCUUUGAAUGCUAAUGGAAAGGUAGAUCGAAAAUAUUUACCAAUACAGAAAACUUCAUUCCAUUCACCUGGCACGAUCCAUCAUCAACAUGUGGAACCAAGGAAUGAACUUGAAAUCUAUAUACAUUCAUUGUGGUGUCAGAUUCUCUGUUACACCAGAAUUUCUAUCGAUACAAAUUUUUUUGGUAUCGGUGGUCAUUCUCUCUUACUUAUUCAAUUAUAUCAGAAUUAUAAGAUGACGCUCAACAUUGAUGCGACUAAGAUCAACAUUUCGAGACUCUUCGAAUAUACCACUAUUGCUGAUCAUGCUCGUCUCAUUCAUCAAUCAAUAGAUGAUCCAGAAACAUACCAAAAGCUGUCUGUUAUACAUGAUACGCAAGAAACAUCUAUUCGAGAACGUGUUUGUUUAAGCUCUCAAGAGAAUAUCAUAUUAGUCGCAGAUGAAUUGUCAAGAUAUGAACCAUUUCCUGUUACAGAAAUUCAAUUAGCAUAUUUAGUGGGUCGUGAAGGUAUCAUUGAUCUUGGUCAUGCUUCUGCUUUUGUCUAUAGCGAAUAUGAUUUCUCAUCAACAUUCAACAUCGAAUGCUUCGAACGAGCAUUGAACUAUUUAAUCCAACGGCAUGAAGCAUUGCGUCUUAUCUUUCCCUCUCACACCGAACAGAAAAUUCUCAAAACAGUUCCUUAUUAUAGUAUAUCUAUACUUAAUUUAGAUGAUGUUCAGUCUUCCCAAAAACAUCUGAUAGAACGACGAGAACAACUAUCACAUCAGAUUCGACCAGCUGAUCAAUGGCCGUUAUUCGAUUUUCAAAUGACUCGUUUUAUUAGCGAUGACGGCUAUAACAUUCGUUUGCAUUUUGGUUUCGAUAUACUUAUCUUGGAUUUUUGGAGCACAAACUUAGUUUUAUAUGAACUGAAUCAAUUGUAUUGUAACCGGGAUGUUAUCUUGGCAGAACUGAAACUAUCUUAUCGGGAUUACAUUGUGGCAGAACAACAAUGGAAGCACACGACCACUUAUAGUAAUGAUAGACAAUAUUGGAUAAAUCGUCUAAAAUCAUUUCCACUAGGCCCAAAUUUACCAUUACAGUGUUUGCCAAACGAGAUACAUGUGCAACGUCAUUGCAAUGCAGCAACAAUACUAGAUCAAUCACUGUGGCAAAAAUUAAGAAAACGCAUUACCGAUCAUGGAUUGACACCAGCUGGUUUCUUAGCGUCAAUUUAUGCCUUAGUAUUGAGUAAAUGGAGCGAUAAUAAACAUUUUGCUUUGAAUCUACCAGUUUUUAAUCGAUUACCAAUUCAUCCACAAGUUAAUCAAAUAGCAGGAGAUUUUACGACAGUUAUACCAUUGGAAAUUAAUUCAGAUAAGGUAAUUACUUAUUACGAAUUUCUUCACACUGUGCAGAAACAAUUAUGGAACGAUCUUGAACAUAUAUCUUAUGAUGGUGUGUCAUUUAUUCGUGACUUAAUGCAGAUACAUCAGACAAGAGAAAUUCUUUUACCGUAUGUUUUCACAUGUGGAGUAGAUAUUGAACACAAUAUGUUUUUUGAUCAAGUACCCGUUUAUUGGAUUAGUCAAACACCACAAGUUUUUCUCGAUCAUAUAGUAAUGGAAAUUGAUGGUUGUUUAUCAAUAAACUGGACAUAUGUAGACAGU